AUGCAAGAUAUUAAUGCAGAUUUGCCAGAAAUUUUAGAUUUAUUUGAUAGUUUUGAAGAAGUAGGGGAAGUUUUUGUUUCUGUUGUUGUUGAUGAUGGAGGUUUAGGUAUUCUAGAAGGUUCUAUCAUGGGUAUUUCAGAAUACACCAAUGAUAAUGAUUUCGAGGAUUCGGAAGAAGAAGAAGGGGAUAUUCUAGAUGAGUGA